CAAUUUUCAGUGGGAUGGCAGUAGCACGGCGAAUAUUUUCAUCAACUGAAAAUAGUAAGUGUUGAAAAUAUGGAUGAGGGACGAAGUGGAAGUGAAUUACAUUGCUCCUCAGGAAUGAAAGUGGAGUGGGUAGAAAUUGUGGAACCACAGACACGGCAGUAUAUGUAUGCAAAUCUACGAACGGGUCAGUGUUCUUGGGAACCACCAGCUGGUGUGCCAGUGAAGAAGACUGCAAGCAAUCAGUGGUGGGAAUUAUUUGAUACCAAUUCCCAGCGGUUUUACUAUUACAAUGCUACCACGAUGCAAACGGUAUGGCAGAAACCAGCAAAUUGUGAUAUUAUACCACUUGCGAAACUUCAGACGCUCAAAGAAAAUACCGAACUUCAUUCCAAUUUGGAGCGUGAUGAUGGAUGUUCAGUGCCACUUCUUGAAAGAACGAUGACAACUAAACGAAAUAAUGAAACGCAGACAUCACCGAAAGAAGAAAGAAGGUCUGGUAGCAGCCGUAGUUUAGCUCAUACAGUUUUUGCCCAGAAUAUAUCCCCUGAAUCAGGAAUUGUAACAACAAGAAGGCUCAAUUCACCGCAUACAUCCAUGCCAAGGAAAACAUGUAAUGAAUCAUCCUCCCCCUUGCAAGUGUCACCUGGUUAUAUUGCACCGCUAAUUAAUACUGUUCAGGACAUGCGCAUAUACUCAAAUCGUGAAUGUCUGCCGCGAAAUGUUUCCGCUUUGCAAGUUGCUUCGUAUAUUCCUCGCGAUGACUCACUUGAGGGCCAUUUAGCACCGUUGCACCGUCCACAGAUUGUAAUGUCAACUCGUACAGCAUCAUCUGCUUCAAGCAAUGUUAUGCCGUCAAUUAUUCAGUCUUCAGCUGGUAGUUCCAGUUCAUCACUCACAAUGAGCAACAAUCGUCUUCCACUUGAUGAUGGUACAACGCUGAAAAAAUGCCACAAUUUGACAUCAAGCCCAAAAGUUCGAGAAUUUAAUGACGCCAUUCUUGGGGCAUCAGAUUGCUGGACUAAAGAAUCCAUUAAACAACCUGUUUCCGGCAAUACGGAUGAUAAGCAUGUGAAAAAAGAGGCACCAAAUAUGUUCAAGGUUAUUCAAAGCUAUAUGGGUGAUCGAAAAAGUAAGACGUCUAAUGAUCAGCUGGCUUUAACACUUUGUGAAUGGGGUAUUUCAAAGGAAGGUCUAGCCGAUGAACUUUUUUGUCAAAUUAUGAAACAGCUGACGGGCAACGAAAGAUUUGAUUCGAUACGAAGAGGAUGGGAAUUACUCGCCAUAUUUUUGGCUUUUUUCUCACCGUCAAGUCCAGAAAUAACUCAAAAAUUGACUGAAUUUAUUGAAGCAAAUUCUGAUCGAUUGUUGGAUAUGCCCGAGGUGCCCGUUUCGCAUUAUGCCAUUCAGUGCAGCAGACGUCUUGCACGUUUAUCAGCUACACGGCCAAAACCAUCGCUUAGUCUUAUCCAAGAAUCUCGUGUACAUAUUUUCAACCCGCCGCAGUUUUGCACUCCUCUGGAAGAACUGAUGGAAAUGCAGGCCGAAAAAUAUCCAGAAAGAAUUUUGCCUUGGCUCGAGACAACAUUAAUAGAUUUGAUAUUGUCAGCUGAUGGACAGCACACCGAGGGUAUUUUCCGUGUACCAGCUGAUCCGGAUCAUGUCCAUACAGCAAGAUUGCGUCUCGACCGAGGACUGAUCCCGGUUGUGCGUGAUGCUCAUGUUCCAGCAGCGUUACUAAAAUUGUGGUUACGUUCACUUCCAGAACCACUACUGCCGGAUACUUUUUAUUUACGUUGUUUAGCAGUGUGUGAUCAACCCGAAGAAGCGUGUCGCAUAGCUGAGUUGCUACCUGCUGUGAAUCGUCUAGUUUUAGCAAAAUUACUCGAACUUCUCCAGCUGCUAGCAGAAGAAGAAACAGUAAAAUAUACAAAAAUGGAUGUGUGUAAUUUAGCAAUGGUAAUGGCACCCAAUGUAUUACGAUGUGGUAGUGACGAUCCACGUGUUAUUUUUGAUAAUGCACGACGCGAAAUGACGUUUCUGAAAACGCUCAUUUUACACUACGAUACUUCCUUUAUACGUUCUGUUUCCUAAAUUCUGAAAAAUUAUUUUUGGAAUUACGGGAAUAAUUAGAAAAGAUUACAAUUUUUUAAAGAUUUCUUAAAAUUAUUUAAACA